UGAGUGAAUAUCUCAUUCGUGACUCGGAGACGAAAGGACGCGCUUUCUAAUAGUCCCGUUCUCAAGAGGCGGUCCUGAUUUCCGGGACUCUUAUGAGAUAGGAUUAAUUUGUCCAAGCCGUAGGCCAUAAUAUAAUAUUUCUAGAAAUAGUAUGAAACGUGGCACAAAAGUACUGUGACAAAGUAUAUAAAAUUGAUAUUGGUAAAAGCAGGACUUUUGCCAUUAGUGAUAGUUGAACACUGAGAAAAGAAAUGGAGGAAAGUGACAAGAAACAGCAUCGCAAGAGAAACAGUGGGCCAAAGGCUGGCAAAAAAAAGAAGCGUCAUCUGAAAGAUUUAGGACUUGAAGACGAGGAGGAUGCACGGAAGAGAAACCCAAAGGCCUUUGCAGUCCAAUCUGCAGUCCGGAUGGCCAGAACAUUCCACAGGACUCAAGAUUUGAAGACAAAAAAGCAUCACAUUCCAGUGGUUGACCGGACUCCGUUAGAGCCUCCUCCUGUGGUGGUGGUUGUAGUUGGCCCUCCAAAAGUUGGAAAGAGCACCUUGAUAAAAUGUCUAAUUAAGAAUUUCACAAGGCAGAAGUUAGUUGAAAUCCGGGGUCCUGUAACAAUUGUGUCAGGUAAAAAGCGUAGGCUAACUAUAAUUGAAUGUGGAUGUGAUAUUAAUACAAUGAUUGAUCUGGCUAAAGUUGCUGAUCUGGUUUUGAUGCUCAUUGAUGCCAGCUUUGGAUUUGAAAUGGAAACAUUUGAAUUUUUAAACAUUUGCCAGGUGCAUGGUUUUCCCAAGAUUAUGGGUGUUCUUACACACUUGGAUACUUUCAAGAAUAACAAACAGCUCAAGAAGACUAAAAAGAGAUUGAAACACAGAUUCUGGACAGAAGUGUAUCAGGGUGCCAAAUUGUUUUAUCUGUCUGGGAUGGUACAUGGAGAAUAUCAAAAACAGGAAAUCCAUAACCUGGGGCGCUUUAUCUCUGUUAUGAAAUUCCGUCCACUUACUUGGCAGACAUCUCAUCCUUACGUUCUAGCAGACAGGAUGGAAGAUUUGACAAACCCGGAAGAUAUCAGAGUUAAUCCAAAGUGUGACAGGAAGGUUUCACUUUAUGGUUACUUAAGAGGAGCAUACUUGAAAAACAAAAGUCAGCUCCAUAUAGCAGGUGUAGGGGAUUUCACAGUGAGUGAUGUCAGUUUCCUGCCAGAUCCUUGUGCACUUCCUGAACACCAAAAGAAGCGUUCCUUAAAUGAGAAGGAGAAGCUGAUUUAUGCCCCACUGUCAGGUGUUGGGGGCUUAGUGUAUGAUAAAGAUGCUGUUUAUAUUGACCUUGGGGGAAGUCAUGCACAUCAAGGUGAAGAGGAAGAAGGAAGACCAAAUAAUGAACUAGUCCAGAGUCUCAUCUCCACACACACCACCAUUGAUGCCAAGAUGGCUUCAAGCAAAGUCUCUCUCUUCAUGGAUUCCAAACCACUAGCGACUGAGGACAUUGACAACCAAGGCUUGUUUGAGAUGCCUAAAGAAGAGAAGAAAAUUAAUGUGCAUACUGGGAGGGUACGUCGGAAGGCAGUAUUUGAAGAUGAAGAAAAUGAAGAUGAUGGAAGUCAUGAAGAGGAAGAGGAAGAAAUGUCUGGGGAUGGUAGUGAUGGUGAUGAUGAGGAUGGAGAUGGGGAACAAAGUGAUGAAGAUUUUCCAGACCAGGAGCUGGCUCUGAGAUCUUCCAAGCAGUUUAAAGAAGACACCAAACAAGGAACCCUAACAGAACUUCCAGCAUUUGCUGAUAGCGAUGACAGUCUUGAAAUGAGUUCAGAUGAGGAAGAAGAAAUAGGCCUUGAUGGGAGCAGGAAAGAGGCAGAUGUAGGUGGACAAGAAACUGAGGAGGAGAGAGUUACCGACUCCGAAUCUACAACCACAAAAAAAGAUUUAUUGGGUAGGUCUACAUGCGGUGAAACAGACAAAGAGGUGAAAAAUAAUAGAAACUUAUGCAAAAAGGUGGCUCCCACUACAGAUUCUGGAAAUGAGAGAGCUGAAGAAGCAUCAGCCUCUGAGUUGGAAGAAUCCUCUGGUGAGGAUGAAGGAGAAUCAAUGGACAAUUCUGAUACUGAAGGGUCUGAUAGGGAAGAUUCCCAACCACAGAGUGCUGGAAUUAAAGCAUGUGAAUCAAAGUUUAUGAAAAAUGAGGAUGAUCUUGAAGGUCUGUUGAAAGAGGAAGAGGAAUAUAAAGAAGCAUCUGCCUUUUCUGUAGACACAGCCGGUGCACUUAAAUGGAAAGAAGGCCUUACUCAAAAGGCAGCUGAAGCUUUUCUGAGGCAACAACAGUCAGCUCCCAAUCUCCGCAAACUUAUUUAUGGAGCAGUGGCUGAGGAUGAGGGGGUUGAAGAUGAAGAAAAUGACGAACUUGGAGGUUUGUUCCGCAUCAACCGCCCCAGCGAUGAAUCAAAGCGAAGAGUUGAUGCCCUUGACUGCUCCAAAUUCCCUGUGGAAACCCCGCAGAAUUGGGACUUGAACGAGGUUAUGGACAGUAUCAGAGACUGCUUUGUGACUGGAAAUUGGGAAGCUGAUAAAGAUGCUGCAAAACUGUUGAAGGAAGAUGAAGAAAUAUAUGGCGAUUUUGAAGACCUUGAGACAGGAAUUGUACACAAGGGCAAAGCAGCUGAUCAAAGAGAUGUGGCAACAAGUGAAGAAAAGAAAGAGAACGCUGAGGGAAAAGAUGACAAAGCUGGUGAAGAAGAGGAAAAGAAGCGCAUGGAUAAGAAACGUAAACUGAAAGAAAUGUUUGAUGCUGAAUAUGAUGAAGGAGAUGCGACCUAUUUUGAUGAUCUGAAAGGGGAGUUGCAGAAACAGGCACAGCUUAACAGGGCUGAAUUUGAAGAUCAAGACGAUGAGACCAGAGUUCAGUAUGAGGGCUUCAGACCUGGAAUGUAUAUACGGAUGGAACUUGAGAAUGUCCCUUGUGAACUGGUACUGCAUUUUGACCCACACUAUCCAAUUAUCCUGGGUGGCCUUGGAAACACGGAAGGAAAUGUGGGAUAUGUGCAGAUGCGUCUGAAGAAGCAUCGCUGGUAUAAGAAAAUACUUAAGACUCGUGAUCCUCUGAUUUUCUCGUUAGGCUGGCGGAGGUUUCAGACCAUCCCUAUGUACUACAUUGAAGACCAUAAUGGCCGCCACAGGUUACUUAAGUAUACGCCACAGCAUAUGCAUUGUGGGGCAACUUUUUGGGGUCCUAUCACACCACAAGGAACAGGAUGUUUGGCAAUCCAGUCAGUCAGCGGUACAACACCUGACUUUCGGAUAGCUGCUACCGGAGUUGUGCUUGACUUAGAUAAAUCUAUAAGAGUUGUGAAGAAAUUGAAGUUGACCGGUUUCCCAUUCAAAAUUUACAAGAAUACGGCUUUUAUCAAGGGCAUGUUUAACUCGGUAUUGGAAGUGGCUAAGUUUGAAGGUGCAGCCAUUCGUACCGUGAGUGGUAUUCGAGGUCAGAUUAAAAAAGCCCUGCGAACACCUGAGGGUGCUUUCAGAGCAACUUUUGAAGAUAAGUUGCUAAUGAGCGAUAUUGUCUUCAUGCGGACUUGGUAUCCUGUAUCCACCCCAGCCUUCUAUAAUCCAGUAACUUCCUUGCUAAAGCCUGUGGGUGAAAAAGACUCCUGGGCAGGAAUGAAGACAACAGGCCAGUUAAGGCACGAGAAGGGCAUCAGAUUAAAACAAAACAAAGAUUCUCUGUAUAAGCCUAUAGUGAGAGAGAAGAAACAUUUCAAUAAACUGCAUAUUCCAAAAGCACUUCAGAAGGCCCUGCCGUUUAAAAGCAAACCUAAGCUUCAGGAAGGAAAAACAAAAGUCACAAAGGAUAAGUGGAGACCUGCUAUUAUCAGGGAGCCUCAUGAAAAGAAGAUUGCAGCACUUCUGUCUGCUUUGGGUACAGUACACAGUUACAAGCUGAAGAAAGCCAAGGUGAAGCGUCGCCAAGAGCUUAAAGAACAUCUUAAAGUGAGACAGAAAGAGGAAGAAGAGAAGCUUAAGAGGCAGAAGGAAGCGAAGAAGAAACUCUUUCGCAUUAUUGGACAAAGGGAGAAAAAGAAGCAAAAAUCGAGCCUGAAGGGGUCUGCUGAAAGGGAAAAGUGAGUUUCUAGCAGCCAUCUGCAGGAAGCAAGGAGGCAUUUUACUCUGGAGUGCGCAUUUUUAAAAAUACUGUAAUAAGGUUCUGGACUCCAAUGAACUUGCCUUGAAGGAGAAGCAAAUAAUGAUACUGAUUGUCAUUUGAAAGCAUCGGCAUCAGCGUGCAUCAUGAUCUAUUGUGUUCACCACAGUAGGCUUGAGAAACUUAAGUGCAGGUGUUCGGUACCUGAUCAUUAAUUAAAGUAUUUUACAUUUCA